UGCUUGAAAUGACAAUACCACUUCAAUUAAAAAUAAAAAUAAAAGUUGAAAAUGAAAAAGAAAAGUCAGGAAAUAAACCCUUUGUUUCCUUUGUCAUUUCAUCACCGAUUCACCGUCACUUUUUCAUUCUCUCUCUUCCAAGUUUGAUAAUUGCUGUCAAAAGUGAUUCUACUUGUUGAGCUUGGAUUUUCCUCACUAAUCUUAAAUUUGGUUAGUAUUUUAGUAGAUUCAUACUCCAAAGGCCCAAAAUUUGGAUAUAAUUCGCUCAAUUGUUCGAUUUGUUCCAAGUUGCUAAGUGUUGAACUGUGAUUGUGGGGGAAAAACCUGUUGAGGUAAGCCUAAUCUUUUCAAUUUUAUUUUCGUUUAAUCAUCUUUAUAUGGGUUUAAUUUUCUAUUCAUUUUUCUGCUUUCAUUUCUAAGGUAUAAUUUUUUCUAUGGGUUUAACUGCUUUUUUUAGGUGGUAUAGGGUUAGCAAAUUUGUCGUUGUUUUGGGUUUUGUUCUAGAAAUUAUCAGUAGAGAUGGAAGAAUGGGGUUUUUAUAGUGGGAAUUUUAGAAAAGAAAGUGAAAGUUAAUUAAAUAAUAGUUUGAGGAAUCCAAAAGAUUACUUCAUUUGUUAAAUAGUUUGGCCUUGAUUUAACCAAUUAUGUUUUGUAGUGGGAAGAACAAAGAGUAAAAUAUUAGUAGGAGCAGAGUAUAUGUGAUAUGACGUCUUUAAGAAAAAUUGAGUUUUUUUUUAACAAGAAUAUGCAUCUACAUAUCUUCAGAAUAGGCAAAAUUGGAUGAAUGUCUUUAGAGCUUAACUUUUUCUUGUCUUCUUUGUAAAUGAUUAUGUAGUAAAGUAAGAUAGUUGUUCUGCUUCUUUAUUUUUAUGUAAUUUAUAUGUAGGCCACAUACUUUUAUACGAAGUAUGAGUGAUCCCAUAUAGUGGGUCUUACGAUUUAAUCAUAAAGAAUAGAUUGAAAAUAAAGUGAUUAACUUAUAGUAAUUCUUAUUGUUUAUUAUUGAAUAUAUGUUGUUAAUGUUUCAUAUGUUUGCCCCACAUUAUUCGUAUGACACUAAACUUUUUGCUCUUGGUUCUUAUGAUUGGUAUUUUUGUCUUAUAUGCUAACUAAUUGGUGAAAAAUUUAUAGUAAUUCUCAAUUUGUUGGUUUAUUUAACUAUAUUGUUUAUAAGGUGCACAUAGUAUAGCUAUGGAUGAUAUUGGAUCUUUCUUGUUUGUCCAUUUUCCUUUUAAGUCCAUUCCUUUGAUUGUUACAUAUUAAAAUUAUAAUUAAAUUGCUAAGUUAAAUAGUUAUUGGUACCUAGGAUUAACUAUACUUUAUUGUACUAUAUGCUUAUAUGUUGUCUUCAACAAAUCAUGGUAAAAAAAUCUUUAAGGGUGAUGUAAAUUUGUAAUUUCAGAUUAUGGCACCUUGUAAACUAUGGAUGAAACUAGCAGGAGAUGAUCGUUUGAAUAUUGAAUAUGAAACUGGAGUUGAAAAUUUUAUUAAAUAUGCAUUUGAGAGGACAGGUGAAAAAGAGAAGAUUAAAUGUCCUUGUGUAAAAUGCAAAAAUUCAUCAUUUGGUUCUCAAAAUAUGGUUAGAGAUCAUUUGCUGACCUUUGGCAUCAUCCAAAAUUAUACAUUUCCAAAAUUAUACAUUUUGGUAUCAUCACGGGGAGAGGGUGGGUGAGAAUUUCUUUGAAUCACCAACAAGAAAUCAUGGUGAUGAGUUAUUAGAAAGUGAUAACGAAGCAGAGAUACAAACAAUGCUUAGGGAUAUUUUUCCUAAUUGUGAUAUUCCUGAAAAUGAUAUGUAUAUGGAUUCACCUACUCGUAUACCUGAAAAUCCAAAUAAUGAUGCAAUGAGAUUCUAUAGAUUGUUUGAUGAUUUUCAAAAACUAUUGUAUGAAGGCUCAAACUCAUCCAGAUUGUCUGCAAUUGUUAAUCUGCUUCACAUUAAAACUCUUGGUAGAUGGAGUAAUGAGUCAUUUACUAUGUUGCUGCAAUUUUUGAAAACUCAGCUACUACCAAAAGAGUCAUCCCUUCCUGAUUGUUUUUAUGAUGCUAAAAAGACUGUUAAAGAUUUAGGUCUCUCUUAUCAAAAGAUAGAUGCAUGUGUUAAUGACUGUAUGCUCUUUUGGAAAGAUGAUGAACAAUUAGAAUGUUGUAAAGUAUGUAAGGCUGCUAGGUGGAAGCAAGGUAAGCAUAGUGGAGAAACUAGAACAAACAAAAAAGGUAAGAGAAUACCCCAGAAGGUACUUCGUUAUUUCCCACUAAAGCCUAGACUUCAACGUUUGUUCAUGUGUUCUAAGACAGCCUCUGAUAUGAGAUGGCAUCAUGACAGACAUAUUGAAAUUGGUGUGAUUAAUCACCCUGCUGAUGGUAAAGCAUGGCAACAUUUUAAUGAACAACAUGCAACCUUUUCUUCAGAACCUCGUAAUGUCAAGUUAGGGUUAAUUAGUGAUGGAUUCAACCCAUUUUCUAAUAUUGCAAAUUCAGAACCUCGUAAUGCUGCCCUUAGUGACUUAAUCGAUUAGAAUGCUUUGCAAGAGUCUUCACCAAACCAAGAGGAAGCAACAAGGAAGAGAAAUCGAAGACCUGAUUCAAAGCCAAGGGGUGUAAACAAGUGCAAGAAAGUAGCAAAUUUAAAAGAAGGUGAAAAGUUGGAGGUUGACUUUUAUAUGAGUGGUCCAGUUGGUGAAAACCAUAAAGAUUUGUCACGACACAUGGGAAAACUUGUUCGAGAUCGCACAAUAUGUCCUGUUAGAGUGCAUUCAUGGGAUGAGAUAGAUAAUGCUACGAAGGAGCAUUUGUGGCUGUCAGUUCUGAACAAAUUUGCUGGUAAAGGAUUUGAAUUAGAUCGUAGAUCAACUAUUGAUCAUAUGAAAAGAUUGUGGCAAAAUUGGAGAGGCAUAUUGAUGCAAGAGUCAAUAAUUAAGAAAGGUGGUCUUGAACAUGCUUUGAAGCAAACACCUAAUGAUUUAACUCCAGAAGACUGGGAGUGGCUUGUGAAAGAGCAUUUUUCAAGUCCUUCUUUUAUAAAAGCUAGCUCAAGAAAUUCCAGCAACCGAGAAAAACUUACCAUGCCUCAUCACACUGGUAGUACACCUUUCAGACAAAUUAUUUGGGAAGAAAUGGGUGGAAAAGAAGGAAAGGAUCCACCUCCUAUUUCUGCUAUUUUCAAGAAGACUAGAUCAGGGAAGUCUGGGAACUUAAAAGAGCCUGAAAUCGCAAAAUAUGAUGAGAUAGUAAGUGUGGAAACAGAAAAUCCAUCACUCUCACACUUUGACGUUGUUGAAAAAUGCUUUGGGCCACAAGAUCGUGGUAGUGUAGUUUGUUUUGGCUUUGGUGUAAGACCUAAGGAUGUACGAGGCCCUUUACCUACUAGAGUAGAUCUCACAGCAAGUCUCCACGAGAAACAGAAAGAGAAUAAUGAUCUUCAAAAGAGAAUGGAUGAAAUGGAAAAAACUCAUCAAGAGGAGCGUGAGGCCAACAACAAAAAGAUGGACGAUUUAGCAAAGAAACUCAAUAUGUUCAUGUCAAUGUAUAUGCAACAAGCUAGUAGUGGUGGUGAUCAAGCUAAUCCUAAUGCUAAUUUAAACUAAGGGAUAUAUAGUAGAUAUUAUUGGAACAACUUUUGAAGACUCGACAAAGCUCAACAUGCUCAUGGACGCUUCUAUUUUGGUGAUUGAUCGAAUCCACUAAUUUUAGUUAGAUCAAUACUUUUGAUAUAUUCUAACUUUAGUUUAUUGGAAAUAUUCUAAGCACAUCGUAUAUAUGAUGAUUUUUGCUAUUUUGGACGAUUAAAGAAUGUGUAUCCUUUUGAAUAUUUGUAAUUGACAUUGUGUUAAACUAUAUAUGAUAUCAAUGAGCAAGUUUGGAGUUAUUAUAAGG